UUACACUAAAAAUGGUGGUCGUGUUAGUAAUGUAAAGUUUAAUGUAACUUAGUUGAUAUUAGUUUUUGUGCACCUUUUAUAUUUUGUGACGUGUUAAGUGGAGGAGUGAUAUUGAUAUAAUGUGCGUAAUCAUUUUGUGAUCAGCGGAAAAUAUUGAAGAUGCAAGGCCUUGGCUGAGAAUAUUGUAAGAUGUGCAGUAUGGUGAACGCUGUAGUGUGAUGGGAGAAUGGAAUCGCCACCGUCUUGUUCAGCCAAGUCGAGUGAAGACAGCGGCCUGCUACUCACCAGUGACUCUAUAUCUACCAGUAGUGGAAACUGGCAGUUCACUAUGGAGUUGCUGGAAAGCGAAGGAGAGAAGUCGCUGGAUUCUGUGUCGCUGGGUGAAGGAUACAACACGGUGAAGAAGAACCCCGGCCUGUUCCCUAUAGAGCCUCCGCUGGAGUUCCAGGACACUCCACCUGGCCCCAGACUGUGCUACACUCCGGACACUCUCAGUCGCCGACCUGCGUCUCGCAACUCCAUGUCCUCUCGUCUCUCGUCUUCCCACAAUUCCCUCUCUGUACCUACAGCCAACAAGGCCGACGACUCCAGCUUCAUCACCUCGGCCAUGUCUCACGACGUACUCACCACCAUCACCGACAUGUACAACGUUCCGUUUGACAGUGAUAUAUACACUCUACCGGUGGACUCGUUACGCCCGGGUCCUCAGCGCCCAAAACGACACAGGCAUUACCGAAAGCGAAGGAGAUACCAGCCCCAGAGUGAGCUAGUGACACCGACCACAGGAGAGCUACCACCGGUGAUGGGAGGGACUGUAAUAGCAGCCGAGGCCAAGCGGCACAGCGUGCCCGGCACCUCGGGUCAAGCGUGUGAGCCGAUACACAUGACACUGCAGGAAGUGCGACAGUUCCUGCACAGCCUGUACUCCUCAGCCAGCGACACCUCCGACCACCAGCCGCAGACCAACAGGAAACAGAAGAAGAACACCUUUACCAUCAACAUAAAAAACCGCAAGAACAAAGGAACCACGACGGAAGUAGAGGUGGCGAGUGAACGCAUCGAAAAGAAAAAACCGCAGGGAAAGACUAGUUUUUCAUGUACUUUAAAACAGACUCUGUGCAACCUGUUUAGGUUCCGUAGACCGGAACCACCUCCGGACACAGUGAUUGUGCUCGGUGUUCCUCACCCCCCACCAUUUAGCAAGCGAGCUCUUCCCCCUCUCCCCGUCAGCAACCAAACCUCCCCGAGUGUGGACUCGUUGCAUCUGCUCCAAGAGACUGAAGAAACAAAUAUGGAUUUUGCUUCCAGUAUAGAAAAAGUCAAAGAUUAUGGCUGGUAUUGGGGUCCCAUCUCAGGAGAGGCAGCAGAGAAGAUCUUGUCCAAUGAACCUGACGGAUCCUUCAUAGUCAGAGACAGCAGUGAUGAUCAUUAUAUAUUUUCCCUAACUUUUAAACUGAAUGGCUGUGUUAGACAUGUCCGAAUAGAACAUGACCAAGGUAAUUUUAGUUUCGGAAGCUGUACCAAGUUUAAGAGUCACACGAUCGUAGAGUUCAUCGAGAACGCUGUUGAACACUCUCGCAGCGGGAGGUACCUGUUCUUCCUGCAUCGACGGCCAGUCCUGGGACCAAUGAGAGUCCAGCUACUGCAUCCUGUGUCUCGGUUCAAACAGGUGCAGAGUCUACAGCACAUGUGCAGAUUUGUCAUCUUGAAGAUGGUUCGUCGGGACCUCAUCUCUGCUUUGCCCCUUCCUCGCCGGAUCAUUGACUACCUAAGCUCCCCACACUACUACUCUGAGAACUUGAUAGAAGAUGAUAGAACAACAGCUUCUCCCUCGUUACAUGUGUUUUCAUUCGUUCCCCCCAACUCACAUUCCUGAGGCCUGGUGGUGGUCUAUUGCCCAGAAGAGCAAUAAGAGAUGGUUAACGGGCACAGCCACGCUCAAUUCUUCUAAGUCUGACUCUAUGUGUGCUUUAUCAUUAGGAAUUGUAUUUACGGUGAGAUUUCAAUUUUGAUGAGUAAAGUGGUGAUUUUUGUGCAAUCGUUUAAACACCUUAAAUACUAUUCUUUUUUAAUCAUGGGGAAAGGUAGAAAAUUAUAGACUUAAACGGGUAUUUUGAAUGUUAUGUAUUAAAAAAACAGACUUCAUCUAAACAAGUUUGAUUUUAGUAUAAAUAACAAAAUUUGAAUUUCUGUUUAACAAAUUAGUUAAAUUUGAAACAGAUUUUGAUAAAUUCUGUGCCCAAUUUAUCUUUUAAUUGAACAAAACUUAAUAAAUAAAUAUUCCCUCCAUCGUGUGCUCUUACCUGACUUGUCUAGGUAUCUGGUAAAGGAAAGAAUAAAAAUUGUAAAAUACUACUUUGGUAAACUUAGUCAUUUCAAGGUUACAGUAGAAAUUUUGGUCAAGUGGUUAAGUUACAAUUAUAAAAUUACCUGUAGGAAAUGAUUAGUAUUUAAUUUUAUAAUUUACUUUGGUAAACAAUUUUUUAUUGGCGUUUUUUAUUCACUUAAGUCUGCGUUUGACUGUAAAAAAUUUGAAGCGGUAAUGAAGUAACAAACCAAUCAAAUAAAACUUUCAAUUGUUUGUCUUACACCUAUAAUGCUGUUUUCCAAUCUUUUAACAUUUAGUUGCCAAUACAACUUGAGAAAAAAAAAAACUACUUCUAUUUUUUCCAUUCAGUUAAGUUGAUUAGUAUAUAUUGUGUAUUAAUUUACCGAUUGCUUGUAGCCUAAGUAUAAAAUACCUUGUGAAGUUUGUUUUCCAGCGCAAUUAAAGAAUACUAAAAAUUAUGUAGUAAAUUACAUUUUUGUAUCAACUAUCAAGAUUCAUUUAGUUUUGUUUUAAGGGUCAUCUUCUUUCCGAUGAAGCUUGUGAAAUUAAUUGCGUUGCAAUGUUUUGUCCAUGUUAGAUUAAUAGAUCGAGGGACCAAGUAUGCAAAAAGCGGGACAAUUAUUUAAACUAGAUAUUAACCACAAGUACUAUUAGAAGUAUUCAUAUCAAAAACUGAUUUUGAAUUGAUAAAUUAAAGUGUAAUUUUUGCAAGAAAUUAAAUAAUCUUUAGUAUUUGUAACCCUAAUAGCAACACUGAUUUAUUUUAAUAAUAAAGUAUAUCUUUACACAGAAUAACUAAAGCAAAUUCACCGAUUAGUUGAAAGGAAAAAUGUUUCCAAUGCAACCAAAUAUGACACGUUUCAAAAAGCCUGUAACUCCAUGCAAUAACUAAGAAUUUAUGUUGGAUUUUUUGUAGUGUUAAAGUAUAGUUUUUAAGAUUUUCAAUAAUGUGUGUUGUGCACCAUAUUUUAUAAUUUCAAGUUAAUAUUGUUAUAUUUUGUUGACUUGUUUUAAGUACUUAUUACUCAUCUGUAUACCAAAGUUAUUAUGUGAUCGACAGAUAUUUUUGUUGUAGAAUUAUAUUUAUUGAAAAUGUAUAGUGUUUAUAUUGUGUAUAUUAUUCUUUAGUUAAAUGAAUUAUUGAAAUUUUAAACCUUCAACAUACCAUGUGGGUUUAUAUUUGAAAAUACAUUAAAUACAUCUUAAGCACUAACAAUGUUAACAACACAACAACAAUGUUAACAAUGUGAAUGUUAAUAAUGUUCAUUUUAGGGCUUUAUAAAAUCAGCAUACCUUAUACCUUAACCCUCCGAGUGUCACGUGUUUUGGCCUUAAUGUCAGCCUAUUUUUUGCUCAUUUGCAAGGUUUUAUUAAAACUGAUCUGAGAAGCUUAAAAACAAUGUUAAUUAUACUGUUCUAUAUACCAUUUUGUUUGGAAAAUCUUGGGCUUCAAUAUUAUAUAUAAAACAUAAGGAAGAUUUAAAAAAAAAAAAAAUUUUUUAGGUAAAAAAAUGUAUAAUUUCGAAAAUUUUCAAAAAAAAAUAAGUUUGCGCUCAAUGAAAUUGUAUAAAUUAUAGGCCUAUAAAUAUUUGAAAAUAGCCACUUUGUUCUAAAUUUUAUGAGGAUUACAAAUCUAUAAUAAUAUAAGGAAGUAGAUUUGCAAAUAAAAAAGUUAUGGGCAAAAAACAGAUUUCAGUACAUAGCGUUUAGCUAAGAAUGCAUAGCCCAACCAUAGCUAGGAAUCUGGCUGAUAAUUUACAUCAAUAUCACUACCUACUUCUUCAGGAUCAUCAACCAGCACUUCAAAACCACUUAAAUCUUCUUAUAAUGCACCACGUAUAUCACUACUUUUGAUUUUUAACACUAAAACAAUGAUAAACGUAAUAAAACACAUCAGUCAUCGGUCCGAGGGUAAACUAGCUGUUUACAAAUACACGCACGUCAGCUCAGUCAGCUGUCUGCUACAAUAUUUUCGGAACUAAAAUGACUAGUGCUUAGAGACAGACCUCUGCAGAAAGCUUAGAAUAUUACGGACAGAACGAUACCUAACUCAAUCCAGUACAGUCCGAUUCAGUUAGUCAUAGAGCCUUCGCCGUAAACAGUGUUCGCGAGUCGCUGCAGCGACGCACGACACUAUACAAAGUGCGUUACGCGUCGCUGCAGCGACGCAUGACACUCGGAGGGUUAAGAACCAUGAUAUUGUAAAUUGGAAUUAAGAAGGUUUUUUUAUAUUUUAUUCUUCUCAAGUAGCCUACUCUAUUGUGUUAUUCCAAAAGGCAUACAUUUUUUUCUUAAGACAUUUUAUCUAACGUUAUUAAGUUAAUCAGUACCUAUAUGAAACUGGUUCUAAGUUGAACAUAAACUUUUUUAUUUAUGGUUUAUACAAUAAACUGGGUCCCCUCUAAAAUAUGAAAAUGAAGUCCACAGGCAUAUUUGUGUAUUAUUUUUGACGUCGAUAAGGGCCAGGCAUAUGAGGUAGCCCACAGUUAUGGGUGUCCUUGCAUGCAAUCGACACCUGACCAGACCUAGUCAAUAUACACAUUUGAUAAAAACUUAAGUGGUUCAGAAUUAACAGAUUUUUUUGUAAUUUAUUCACAAUUCAAUCAUGUCAUGAUGAUUAAAAUGUUAUUUAAUGACUUGAUUUGGGUUUUAAAUAUUGCUUAUUUAAAUAUAUUAAAUAUUUAUGCUUUAAAAGUCUAGUUAACUAAAAAAAUAUUCUUGGGAUGUUUUUCUUGUGAUAUUUUAAUAAUUUUGUUUUUUUUUGGGACAGAACCCUCUAGAAAUUAAAACAAUUGCAAGUCAUCAAUACAAUUUUUUCGAUUGGUAAUUUCACAUAUUCCUGCCAUCGCAAGAGAUUUUAGAAUUUUAUUUUUUUUAGUGUGUUUUUUACGCCAAUAGAAUUUUUUUAAAGGAAACGGUCCAAACUCUGGUCUUGUUAUCUAACAUCGUCCUUUUUGUUAGAUGGUAUCGAGCAAAAGGCCAGCGACCUUAAGAUUUGAAGGUGAGCACUAUAACCGCCCGGCUACCAGACAUUAUAAAUUCCAAGUCAAGAAUUAAAAAAAUCAACACUAUAAAAAGUUAUGAGAAAUCGAGAAAAAAAAAACCAUCUUAAUCUAAGUUUUUUCAAGGUUAAUAAAAUUCAGUUUUACGGUUUCCUUAUUUACAUAGUCAUUGCUAUAGGUACAUUGUCAAAUAAAAAAGUAAUUUAUAAGUUAUAAAAUAAAUGGAAUGUAUGUUUUUUUGUAUGAAAUUUCAUUUUAAAUAACUGGAAUGUUUUUAUCUAUAAUUCAUUUCAAAUUUUUGUCCCUUAAAAUAAUAAAACUAUAUUACAGUUAAGUGAUGAAGUAUCUGUGUAAGAAUAGUAACAGCCCAAGAAUCAACUAUGCCGAACAUACAUGUUUUCUCGUAUUAAUGCUAAGAGAAUUUAAUUUGUUAAUAUCCAUCUGUAGAGAAUUGUGUUUCAUUGAUCUAAAGAUACACCAUCUUCGUACAUUCUAGUUGGUAAAACAUAAAACAAGCACCAUUUACACUGAUUUGAUUUUUCUAUACUUUAAUCCAAUAGAGAAAACAAAAUGUCUUUUAAUACAAAAAUCACUUUUUAUCAGGUCUAACAACAGUCUUUGUAGUGAGUGAUAAAAUAAAUUCAACUCCAUAUUAUAUGUGGUACUGAAUUGUUAUGGAAAGAUUGAUUUGUUUGUAUUCCAUCACACAAUUUCUUGCUCUAUGUUCCCUGUUGUCUUCUUCAACAAACUUCUAAUUACUGUCCAACUAUGUGUCAUAAAGAUAAUGAUGGAAUUUAUAAUUUCAAGAACUCCAGUGACAAAGUGUAUAUUACAAUUUGGAUAUUUGUGAUAAAUCAAAAAGAGCUUAUUAAAGUAGGCUUAUCAUAGUUCUCUUCAUAUGUACAGUGUCUGGGUGUGUUUUAGGAACCUGUUGUAAUUUCAAUUGUUUUCUCUUAAUGGGAAAAUAAUGUACAAAAAAGCACAAAUUUCUAGUAACUCUAGUUUACUUUUUACUGCAAUUUAAGUGUUUUAAAGGUGUAAAUUAGUAUUGUAUUUAAUAUGUUAAUUCGUCCAGUUUAGGAUGGUACCCAUUGUUUAAACUAAGUAAAUAGAAUGUACAGAAUGUGAGGUCAAUAAAUAAUUAUUCUAAA